UGUACCGGCUGGACGUUCGCUGGCCCGGUGCUGCCACCUUCAGGAGACACCAAGGAAAGCAAGCUCGACAUAUCAACAUGGCUCCGGGUGACCCGGCAGAUAACCUGAUCUCUAAGCUUUCCCAGCUAGCGGAUUCUCAUUUAUAUUUAGUCCGGAAUAUUAGUACGGGUUUGGCAGUUGCUGGAGUCAUUUUGUGUGCAAGGAGCAUAAAACUGGUAACCAAGUUUACAAACGCUAAGGCCAUCCCAGAUACUUUCAUAAAGAAAAAUGUGAAGCUCCGCGGUAAAGUCAUUAGUGUGAAGGAACAUGCAAUAGAAAUCGAACACAUUCCUAUUAGAGUUCCCAUUUUGACAUCUCUUCUCAAAAAAUGGCAAGGUCAUGGCAGCUUACUGGUCAGACUUGCUGGAGUGGAAUUAACUCCAAGUGGCAAGCAUUGGUUGCUGACUAAUCUCCAGCCUUCACAGCCGCUGUGGUUUCAGCUUCUAAACCGAGAAGACUCCACGCUUGAUUGUUUCAUCUUUAUUAACAGGGGAAGGUUCUUUAAUGAAUGCCUGAACGUCUUACUGCUUAAAGAAGGACUGGGAAGAGCUGCUUAUAUUCCCAACAUACAUGCAGAGCGUGACCACCACUGGACAUUUUACAAACGACUAUUACAAGCAGAAGCCCGUGCACAGAAGUCAAGAAAGGGCAUCUGGGAACAGGAAAACCAACUUAACAUUUUAAAAAAUAAAAUGUUAACUCUUGGUAUUUUCCAGAGGACAAAGCAACUCAUUAAUUUACUGGUCACACGUUGGAAACAAUUCAAGAAAUGAGAAUAGAUUCAUAGCUGAACUCUAGGCAAACUAAAAGCCUUGUCUGUCCGCACUGCAAGGUUUAACUGCUCAUUUAGUCAGUAUGAUAAGAGCAUCUAUCCCUCCGCUUUGGCAGGGUCUCCUGGUGUCCUCAAAUCCAGUGCAGGGCUAUGAUCUUGAUGAUGUCAGAGGACCUUGGGCUGCCAAAAUGCAGCUGUAGGGGUCAAUCGGUCUAGCAGCCCAAAAAACCUGUAGGAGCGGAGGUACAUAAAUUGCUGUUCCUGGUCCCCUAGGCAUACACCUUUGUUGUGCAAGCCCCGGUGCAAGAGAGGGCUUUUAGUUUUCCUGAAGUUUAGCAUUAAGCGUUGUUUAUAUGUAUAUGUACAGCAGAUUUACAUGUUUGUUGCUUUAGCUGAUGUAGCUUGGGCCCUGUGCAUCAUGAAUGAUCGCCAUAAAGACAACUGCCUCGCUCUAUGUCUUGUCAGGAUAAAGGAGGUCAGGGAAUGACAGCCAGAUCAAGUUUCAUGGCUGCUGGUAACAAUACCGCAUGCUGAUUUUAUAGCUUUUUUGUGUGUGUAUUUUUAUAUUUGGUAGUUGAAGACACUUAUUUACUGUUUAUUUUUAUUGGACUCAAUGCAGCCACCCUGUCUGUAUAGAUGUCUCCAAUGUAAACAUAGCAGAUUAGCUGCACAGUUAAACAAACAUAAUCUGAAUAUUCAUUUUCCAUUUACUACCAUAGCUCCAAAAGUCUUGUGGUGUACUAUGAGAAAAAAAAAUUGAUUUGUUUACUGUGAAUCUGUGCCUUGUUUUUGGCUUCCCGGAGGAAAGAGAAAUCUCUGGAACCAACAGGUAUGGGGUGCAUGUGAGUCACUCUUUUUCCUCACACAUUAUAGCUCUAAUGCUUGGUGGUUGUCCGCUCAAGCACCCAAUGCUUGCACAUGGGGGUAAAGAAGGAGCCUCCAGCCUUCGAUUUGUGACUUGGAGCCUACAUAGGACAUCCUUCUAUCUCCCAGCAGACAAACUGAGCAGAAGAGAAGGCAAGUCAAGCUGGCCAUACACUGUUGGAAUUUCAGCCAGUUCAUGAACCACUCAGCAUCCCUCAAUUGAAAAAUUGAAGGAGCCAGGUGGAAAAUUGUCGGAAGAACAGCAGUUGCAUCCAAUCGGAUGCAGCUACUGAUUGAGUAUUUUGAAAGCUAAGGGGUCAGUUAUCAAAAUACAAUAGCCACAACAGGAGAUUUAUCCAAGUAUGGAGGGAGGAAUCUGUUUAACUUUUUUUCUGUUCAGCAUGCAGACUAAUUGGGGAAAAAAAUCUAUAUGUGUAUGGCCAGCUUAAGCACAGCUGGAGGGAGUGGCAGUUAAUUGUAUCUGCAAAUGUUAGCUGCCCUUUCAGAAUAAAAGUGUAUUUACUGUCAUUAUUUUUGUCAUAAAGAAGGGAGAUUUUUCCUUCUCUAAGGGUAGGUUUAUACCACAUGUGAUGGGACUGCAUUGGGUGCCUAUUCCAGCACUAUCCCACCACAUGGACAAGGCAAAAUGCCUUGUCUCCUGUGUGCCUGGUUCACACCACUGCAUUGCAGUGGUGUCUGGGCACAGUACACUGAAAAAGGUACAGCAUGCAAUAAUUUGUUUCACAUCGCAGUGCGCGGCAAUCCACUGCCUCACACCAUGUGACCGGAGUGAAUGAGCCCUUAUUCAUUUAGAUGCAUAUUGUGUGUGUAACCUGAUAUCCUGCAAUUCUGAUCUAUUAUAAAAAAGGAACUAUUCAGGCUAUUUAGAGCAAUGAUUUUUGACCUUUUUGAGACCAGAGCUUUUGAUGCCCUAACCGUAAAGAAUAACAUUUAUAGUCAUGCAAUCAUAGUAUGGGAAUGCAAAACAUGUAUUAACAUGCUGGAAAUCUCUGUAUGGGGCUCAGUGUCGCAGUGGACAGGAUAAGGGUUGUGGAGGGGGUUAGGGGACUUUGCAAACUUGUUAUCCUUGUAAGAGAUAAGGUUUCUGGAAGGGGCUGGGGAACACUGUGGGUGGUUUGCGGGCACUGUUGGACACUGAGGUUGAAGGUGUUAUGGAGACAUGAAGACUCUGCAGCAGGCUGGUGGGGCACUGUGGGAGCUUGAGGGGCAUUGUGGAGGCUGAAGGCUCCCAGGGGGCCUGAGGGCACUGUGGGCCAAUAUGGGCAGUUAGGGGGCAUUGUGAAAGGUUAAGGGAUCUCCAGCUGCCUGGAGGCCUGGGAGAGGGGAGGGCAUGGCCAGGCAAUGACUUACGGCAUAGUUAUUGAUAACCACUGAUUUAGAACAUAGAAGAAUAUGAAUCCUCAAAAACCCUGACAUCGGACUUUGCCCUCACCACUUGCUGGCUGCAAGUGGUAAAUAUGAAAUGUUUAUAAGCAGUGUUUCAUAUAUACCUGACUAAAUAUUAAGAAAGGAAACAUUUUUUAACUAAGAGCCGGUUCACACUGACCCGCCUGACAAGUCGCGUCCCAUUCUAUUCAAUA